AUGCCUAAGCGCAAUCGGCAGCUUGCUGCUGCGCUCAACAUUGACCCCGAUACUCACACGAACGAUCACAUUCCAUAUCAGGAUCUGACACUCAAGUUGUUCAAGGACAACCUUGAGUGGGCACAGGCUCAAGAAAAGGAGGUCCGCAUAUUCUCCGAGUCGAACCUCAGGAACAUUCGCUUCAAACCUAUGAAAUCAACACAACGGCAAUUUCUGCAUACGCUCGCCGAGGACUAUGGACUUGACAGCGAGAGCCAGGAUCCUGAGCCUCACAGACAUGUGGUUCUAUUUAAGGGUCCUCGCUUUGUAUCUGCUCCGACAAAGAGCUUGCUACAAUGCUUGAAGCUGUCUCGCACGGCGCCUCGACUUGCACCAGCUGCAGCACCACUAGUAAAACCCACUACUCAGCAAUACUUCAACGCCUUGCUUCUAUCUACGCCUCGGUUUGGCCUGAUGGUCAACGAGGUUGAAUCCGCCCUCGCUGGCGACCUGGCGUCUCACAAUAUCCCGGGACUUACCUUCACGACCAAUUUCCUCCCUGCCGACGAGGUAGUAAUCAAGGCAAAUACAAAGACGACAGCGGCUAGCAUUGCAUCCGGACCCGUGCCAACACCUCUAAUGAUCGAGUCCGCCCUGGCAGCACUCAAGCCAAAGGUCGCCAAGACGGUCGCAAGCCUCAGCCUUGCUGGCGGUGUCGCCCUAUGUCACGCAGACAGUUCCCUGAACAUCACGCGGCGUGAGGGCGAUACGGCCGCCGACAGUGGAGGAUGGAGCACGGUUGCGAGCCGCGCAGCAGCUCGGCCGCGCCAGAUGGUGUCCACGCCGGUGGUCCAGAAGGCGCCGAGCGCCUUCCUCGCCCUGAGGAAGAUCAAGAAGAAGGAGGAGCCUGAGCCUGUUGACGACGACUGGGAGACUGCGGCGGAGAAGAUCGAGGAUGCUCCGGCUGAGGUUCCAGCGGAGUCAUGA